AUGACUAGUCCCGGAACGCAGGGGUCGUGUCUCUCGCAGCCGACGGUGAAGAGCGUGCUGGUGUAUCGCAACGGGGACCCUUUCUUCCCGGGGCGCCGUAUUGUCGUCAAUGAGAAGAAAGUGUCCAACUUCGAGGUAUUCCUGAAAGAGGUGACAGGCAGGGUAAAGGCACCCUUUGGAGCUGUGCGUAACAUCUAUACACCCCGGGGUGGGCAUCGUGUCCGGCAGCUGGAGGAGCUUCAGAGUGGAGAGCAGUAUGUGGCUGGUGGCGGGGAAGCCUUCAAGAAACUCAACUAUUUGGACAUUGGAGAAACAAAGAAAAAACCUGCCGAAGUCAAUAACGAGGUCAAGCCAGUUACUCACAGUAGAAUCACUGUCUCAGCACGGUUUCGAAAACCACUCCAGGAGCCCUACACUAUUUUCCUGAUUGCUAACGGAGACCUUAUUAGCCCUGUAGUGCGCCUCCUCAUUCCCAGGAAAACACUGAAUCACUGGGAUCAUAUUCUUGAAAUGGUUACAGGAAAAGUUACCCUCAGAAGUGGAGCUGUUCACAGACUUUACACUUUAGAUGGAAAACUUGUUCAGAAUGGGUCAGACUUGGAGAAUGGGCAAAUUUAUGUUGCAGUGGGUAGAGAAAAGUUUAAGAAGUUGCCAUAUGGUGAUCUGCUGUUUAGCAAAUCUACAAUAAGAAGGCCACAGGGUUCCAAGGCCUCUGUACUACCUCCAAUUGUGGGAUCUCGAAAGUCUAAAGGCAGUGGAAAUGAUCGACAAUCUAAAUCUACCGUUGGAUCUAGUGACCCGGGAGAAAACAGUUCCUCACCUCAGCCUCCCAAAGGGAAGGACAAAAAAAGCCAGAAUCCAGAGGAUUCUGUGUCCAGACGACACUUUUCUAAAAACUCUACAAAAGUAAAACAGACAGUAAGAGUAACAGCUUCCACAGGAAUCCUUCAAGAUAAUGGUGAAGAUAUUUACAAAGCCAGCGAAGAGCGGGAAAAAAAAAUGCAGGAAGAUGAAGAUACUCGUGUAGAAGUUCCGCUGGACCAGAGGCCAGCAGAAACUGUAGAUGAAGAAGAAAAUGCAGAAGAGGAAAAUGACAGGGGAGAGGAGGCAUAUAAAGGACAGGAAGAAUAUCCAGAAGUGAAUGGAGAGGAAAGUGGGGAAACUGUUAAAGAAAGAAGUGAAAUGGAAGAAAAGAAGAAGAAAUUAAAUGAUAAUUAUGAAGGUGAAGAGAAUGGUGACCAAGCAGAGGAACUUACUCAUUUAAAUGGCAAGAAAAAUAAAGAAAAUGGUGAGGGAAUGGAGCACUUGAACUACCAAGGUGGUCUUCAGCCUGAAGAAGAAAUAAAAGAAGAGGAUUCUGACAGUCAGAAUCAGGUUGAUUCCCAUCUUGAAAAAACAUCCACAAAUCCAAGGGUGACAAUCACCAGCCCACAGGAAAGUGAAAAAAAUGACCAGAGCAAUGACUAUGCUGCAGUUGCAUAG